AGAGGCGGAGGCGGCACCCAGGGGCCGGGGCAGGGGAGGCCGGGACCAUCGCAGUGACAAUUUAUUUUCCUGCAGCAGCGGCAGCAGGGACGGCUGCUGAAGGUUCGGGGUCGGCCGGCCUGCGCGUGGGUUUGCGAGGAAGCUGUUCGUCCCCUGCGCUGGGGUGUCAGACAGUGAGGAGGAGAGCGACGCACGGAGCCCGCGCGAGUGGAACCAGCAAAGCUCCAUCGGUCGGCACAGGAGAAGGGGGAGGAGGCACGGCCGAGGCAAACCAGCGAACGCCUAGUCGCCGGGUGCCGGUAUCACCCCGCUGCAACGCCUUCCAGAAAAAGCCACCGCGGCCCGGGUUGCAGCGGCCGGACGGAUGCCAAGGCCACACGACAGGCGCGGGGGCAGCCGUCGCAGUCGCCGUCCCACGCGGGCUGCGGACACCAAGGGUUGCUGAUGAAGUGAUUGAGAAGAAACAGUGAACAUCCUCAUUUCACAGAUAAGACAGCAUGGAUCAGCCUUUUACUGUGAAUUCUCUGAAAAAGUUAGCUGCUAUGCCUGACCAUACAGAUGUUUCCCUAAGCCCAGAAGAACGAGUCCGUGCCCUAAGCAAACUUGGUUGCAAUAUCACCAUCAGUGAAGACAUCACUCCACGACGUUACUUUAGGUCUGGAGUAGAGAUGGAGAGGAUGGCGUCUGUGUAUUUGGAAGAAGGAAAUUUGGAAAAUGCCUUUGUUCUUUAUAAUAAAUUUAUAACCUUGUUUGUAGAAAAGCUUCCUAACCAUCGAGAUUACCAGCAAUGUGCAGUACCUGAAAAGCAGGAUAUUAUGAAGAAACUGAAGGAGAUUGCAUUCCCAAGGACAGAUGAAUUGAAAAACGACCUUUUAAAGAAAUAUAACGUAGAAUACCAAGAAUAUUUGCAAAGCAAAAACAAAUAUAAAGCUGAAAUUCUCAAAAAACUGGAGCAUCAGAGAUUGAUAGAGGCAGAAAGGAAGCGGAUUGCUCAGAUGCGCCAGCAGCAGCUAGAAUCGGAGCAGUUUCUGUUUUUCGAAGAUCAACUCAAGAAACAAGAGUUAGCCCGAGGUCAGAUGCGAAGUCAGCAAACCUCGGGGCUGUCGGAGCAGAUUGAUGGGAGCGCUUUGUCCUGCUUUUCCACACACCAGAACAAUUCCUUGCUGAAUGUAUUUGCAGAUCAACCUAAUAAAAGUGAUGCAACCAAUUAUGCUAGCCACUCUCCUCCUGUAAACAGGGCCUUAACGCCAGCUGCUACUCUAAGUGCUGUUCAGAAUUUAGUGGUUGAAGGACUGCGAUGUGUAGUUUUGCCAAAAGAUCUUUGCCACAAAUUUCUGCAGCUGGCAGAAUCUAAUACAGUGAGAGGAAUAGAAACCUGUGGAAUACUCUGUGGAAAACUGACACAUAAUGAAUUUACUAUUACUCAUGUAAUUGUGCCAAAGCAGUCUGCGGGACCAGACUAUUGUGACGUGGAGAAUGUAGAGGAAUUAUUCAAUGUGCAGGAUCAACAUGAUCUCCUCACUCUGGGAUGGAUCCAUACACAUCCCACUCAAACUGCAUUCUUAUCCAGCGUUGAUCUUCACACUCACUGUUCCUAUCAACUCAUGUUACCAGAGGCCAUUGCCAUUGUUUGCUCACCAAAGCAUCAAGACACUGGCAUCUUCAGGCUCACCAAUGCUGGCAUGCUUGAGGUUUCUGCUUGUAAAAAAAAGGGCUUUCAUCCACACACCAAGGAGCCCAGGCUGUUCAGUAUAUGCAAACAUGUGUUGGUAAAAGACAUAAAAAUAAUUGUGUUGGAUCUGAGGUGAUAUGUUGUGAAUGUAAGCACCGUCAACAUCAGACACCUACUCACGGACAUGUGGUUGCCGGAUUUUCUUAAGAUGUUUCCAGAAAUGACUGAUAUUUUAUAUUUAUACAUUUUAGAUCAGAAAGCUUGAUAUUUAUUGCUGUUGCACAUUUUGAAGUUUUCUUUUUGGGUUGCUCUGUGUCAAGAGAGGUUACAUGGUGUUAAAUCGGUACCUAAUAAUGUGCCCAAAUACUAUGACCAGAUAAUAAAUUGUGCUGCAAACAA